AUGUCGUACUAUCCGAGCGGCCAGUAUCAACCGCCACCGUCACAGCAACCCGGGUAUCAAGACCCGUACAACCAGUCAGCUCCGAAUGGAGACCAGCAACAGCAGCAGUAUGGCUAUCCGGGUCAGGCGACAUACAACAGUCAAUAUCCGGCGGCAGGCGGUGGUGCUGUACAGCAGCCGCCUAGUGGGUACGUGUACCAGGAUGAAUAUCAGUCGCCGCGCAGCACGACGUUUGGUGGAUCAUAUGCUGGAUCGCCUCAACAACCGGCAUACAACCCGCAGAAUUACUCACAGCCUCCACCUCCACCUCCACCACAGCAACAUUCAGGUGGCUACAAUCCCGCUGCGUAUGCUGGAUAUACUCAGAACCCGUACCCACAGCAGUACAAUCCUGCCGCUUACCCCGACCCGCCAGUGAAUGGCAAUGGUGGUGUGACUGUAGACCCAUAUGCGUAUGCUCCUGCUGCGAGUUACUCCAACGCCAACUUCUCUCCGUUACAGUCAUCAUAUGGGCAGUCACCCCAGCAGCCAUCGUACGGGCAGUCGCCACAGCAGCCUGUCUAUGGGCAAUCACCGCUGCAGCAGCAGUUUAGCCCGCACCCGCCGUAUAGUCCUCAAACUACCGCUCAACCGUACAGUCCUCGACCACCUGCUCAUCAGCAUGAAUAUUACUCUGGGACAACGCAAAGUACUCAAUCACCGCUGCGCGCACAAUACGAUUACCAAUCACAAGCUGGUGCUGCUCAACCUGUAAAUGUUCCCUAUCCUGCUAGCAGCUACCGACCUCACUCUGGUUCCAUUCAUGGGCAGCGGCCGGCUGCUGAUGUGCCCCUUGCGAUGCCCGGGCUGCUCCCUGCCAGUUGGGUUCCAUCGCCACCGGUCCACAAUACAUACGACGCUCAACAAUCGCCAUCCCCACAGUACCCGUCCAAUUCGCCGUUGAGCACAACACCAGGACCCACUCCACCUGCGCAUGGACCUUCGCGGGCUGAUACGACGAACAGACAUCCCCACAAUCGACCAUUGCCCAUUCAACCCCUUCCCGAUCGCGAUGCUGAUUACUUCCGAGGUCAGAUUGGACGCCCAUCUCCCGGCUAUGACUAUGAUGAUACACAGGAUUUGACGCAAGAUGAACUGUUUGAUCAAGUGGAGAGCGCAGUAAUGAAUGCUGGACGUCCCAAUAGCGGUGCCCGAAGUCCGUCUAUAUCGAUCAGUCAGGCACCGUUUCAAGCUCCCAGUCAUUCUGCGUCGAUCAACUCGCAUCGUGACAGUCGAGGGACCCGAAACGGAACAAUGAACGGCCAUCUAUCACCUGUUCCACAGCACGUCAGCGGUGAGAGCUACAGCAGCGACAGCGACGUAGAAGCGGCCCAAGGUCUGGCGAUGAUGCGAAUGGCAGAGGAGGACGAUGCGAGGAGGCAGAGUGGUGGAGGCGGAAGCCAAAUGAGGUUCGGUGGCCUUGGCUCCCAACCAGGCUCCCAUCAGCAAUUGCCGGACGGGAGUGAUAGCGAUGACUAUGCAAAUGUCGACAUGAGCUCGUUCGGGGGUGGAUACGAUGUACAGAUGACAUACGGUGGUGACCCGAACGAGCUUGCUGCUGGGUGUGAAUUKAACGGCGGCACACAUAGCCAGGCUGUGUCAAGUCAAAACAGCUCCAUGCGAAGGUCUCACGCGUCCCAGUCCAGUCGCGAGGGCUAUGAGUACCACCCGGAGUAUUCAAGAUACAACCAGCCAUACAAUCCCGAAGCCCGCGUCGAAGUCGGAGGCACUGGUGGACUUGCAGAACCCGCGCCUGGUGGUCGUCGGCAGAGUUACGAUGAAGGCGAUGAGUACUCUUUCAUGGAGGGCCAGCUGCCCGACCGCUUUCCGGACGAGCCUCCGGACAUUAUGUUCCAGCCAGCGGGUGCACUGUAUCCAUCACGACCUCUCCCUGCCGUUCCCUAUCUUGAUACUGACCAGCCGGCGAUACCAACCGAUUUCAAGACUUUGCCGYCUAUUCCUGCCCAACCUCCAUACCCGGGCACGAUCGAAGGCUACAAUGCCCAAGGGCAGUGGGUUCCUCGAUCAACCUCCCUGGUUAGCCACAGUAAUACUCCCCAGGUAGCGCAGCCACUGCGGUCCAAAACAGACGCUGAAGAAAGGAGAAUUCGGCAACAGAUGGGACGAGGUUCGACAUAUGCGACUCUGGAGUCAACACCUGCAACUGCAAGCAUGGUCCUUGAUCUGCCUGCUAUCGGCAAGCGUUUCGUCCCAUCCAAGCUCGGCGCCCCAGAAUUCAAGAAAUGUGACGAGCCGUGGUCCUUGAACUCCUUGCUGAAAUGGUUGUUCYAAGUGACUGUGCCGGAACAAAAUACUGAGCUCAAGGAAGCAGAUAUCCAGGAGGCACUAGUUGCCUUAUUCACAAGCAAAGUACCUACCAUGAACAUUGCUGACGCUGAAGCCUUGAGUCACCGGGUCGUCCUUGACAUGUUUGCUGCCGGGACUCUGGUCACUACGGAAGAAUGGGUCAAGAUUGUUCCUGGACCCAUAUCUGGUGUCAUAUUCCAGCUCACAAAGUCUGGUUGCUAUUCACCAACCGUACACGACCACAUACUGCCAAACUAUCGCUGCUAUUCCCAUCACUGCCAAAGGACGCUGAGAAAGGUGAACUUGCAGGCGCAACCCUCGCGGUCCACCGAGAGCUGGACGGAGUUCUACAAAGUAAAGAAAGAAGACGUGGAAGGUCGAGACAAGAAAGAUGUGGAGAGGCAACAUGUCUUGCACGAAAUUGUGUCCACAGAGGAAAGAUACAUGUCAGACUUGGAUGUGCUUCGGACGCUCUACCGCGACCAACUUGCCCGGGUCGAGCCAUCCGUCAUCACUCCCAAAAGGAGAGAGCGCUUCAUUCGAGACGUGUUUGGUCGCAUCGACACGGUCAAGAUGGCCAACGAGGAGCAUCUCCUUCCGCAGCUCAAGUACAGACAGCAGGAACAGGGUCCGUGGGUUGUGGGGUACAGUGAUAUCUUCCGACAGUGGAUACGCAAAGCCAAGGUUGCAUACAUUGACUACGCCAACGACUUCCCCAAAGCCGACCACUUGGUGCGACAGGAAAUGGAUCGGAACAUUGAUUUCAGGAACUUUGUCGACAGGGCCAGGGGUGAUAAGAGAUCUGACAGGCUUCCUCUUGACAGUUUCCUCAAGGCACCCAUUUCACGGCUGCAAAGGUAUACGCUGCUGUUGAGUACGGUUUUGAAGAACAUGACUGUCGAAAGCCAAGAGAAGACAAACUUGUUGCUGGCGCUUGAAGAAGUCAAAGCGGUGGCCAUGGAGUGUGACGCUCGUGUGGCCGAAAUGCAAAGGAAGAUUGACCUCGCGGAUUUGAGCAGCAAGUUGGUAUUGCGGCCGGGCAUGCAGAACGAGGUCGAGCUCAACCUUGAUCACUUUGGGCGAGAACUAAUACACCGCGGUGACCUACAACGGAUGGGCAGUAACAGGUUCACAUGGCUGGAAUGCCACGCCCUGCUCUUCGAUCAUUACCUGAUACUUGCCAAGACGAUCGCUACGCGGAUAGGCGAGACUGGCAAGCUGGACAGAUAUGACGUUUCGAGGCUCCCUAUACCAAUGGACCUGCUGAUUCUGGAGAGCGCAAACGACCCGGCCAUGCAGAAGUCAAGUUACGUCAAAGGCAUAACGUCUGUGAGAGAAGCCACUGGCAGAUCAACGCCAUCUGGUCAAGAAACCCUGGCCAGGGUAGCAUCAAAUCAGCCAGCCGGGGCUGGUAACUUACAGCACGCGAAUACAGGCGCCUCUUCCAACUCGUUGCAGCCUGUGACAUCUCUCAGUGAAGGCAGGGAUUCGGAUCGUAUCAUGUACCCAUUCAAAGUCAAGCAUCUCGGCAGAGAAACCUACACCCUCUUCGCACCGACUGAAAAUGCCAGACGGGAAUGGUGCACCAAACUCACGAUAGCAAAAACCAAGCACGCUGCUGCCCUGCACGCGCAAAACGCCGAGCCAUUCCGGCUGCGAGUCAUGGCUGACUCUGCUUUUGUGUUCGAUGCCUUUGGUGGCAGCGGCAAGGGCGUUGUCAUCAAGGGUACGCCUGUUGAUCGCGCUAUCAAAGAAGUCGAGCACCGUUUUAAGGACACUGGAAGGCCUGGACCGAUUUGCAGAGCGAGAGUCAAUUGCGCGACUAGCUUCACUACGCCCCAUCCGGGUAAGCAGAUGGUUGCUGUUGGUACUGAUUACGGGGUAUAUGUCAGCGAGCUGGACAAUCCACGCGGGUGGACCAAGGCUAUCGGCAUGCUGCGUGUAACGCAAGUCGCAGUGCUCGAGGAGUUCAACCUCUUCCUCCUCAUAUCAGACAAAUCGCUCAUAGCAUAUCAUCUCGACGUGGUAUGUCCCAAUGAGCGCAGUGGGCCUGUUCCAGCAAACGACUCCGCCCGAAAGGCGCCCCAAAAAUUAUCCGGCAGCAAAGAYGUGGGCUUCUUCGUCACCGGCAAGCAGAAGGAUCGGACAUUGGUAUUCUACAAGAAGCGCGACAAUCUCAAUUCGGUCUUCAAAGUCUUGGAGCCCGUSUACCAGAAGUCUACCGAAAAGAAACGCGGCAUGUUCAAGAAGACCACCGAAUUCUUUCGAGAGUACGACGAAUUUUACAUACCGACUGAGUGCACAGGGAUGAAUCUCUUCCACUCAAGUUUGGCUGUCAGCACGGCACGGGGCUUUGAGGUCCUCACACUCGACAAGAAACAACCCUGGACCGUACCAGAGCUCAAGGCAGAGCACGUGCAGAAUAUCGCGCAACACAUCAAAGACCAACGUGCAUUGAGUAUGCUUCGUCUCUCCGACCAAGAAUUUCUCCUCUGCUACUGCAACUUCGCCGUCUACGUCAACAAACACGGAGAUGUGUCGCGUUCAGUCAUCAUGCAGUUUGUGGGGAAUGCACAGAAUGCCGCGUUGUACGGACCAUAUCUCGUAUUGUUUGACAAUGAUUUCGUUGAGAUUCGAAAUGCACAGAACGGCCGACUGAAGCAGAUCAUCUCGGGGAGAGAAAUCAAAUGUUUGGACGACGGGACGAAUUGGACUGCAAAUGCACCCGCAGUGGUGAAUGGRGCUGCGGGUGUUCCUCCUGUGUAUACGCCUACUGCGUCGAGGACGCUGAAAUUGGUGAUGCAGCAUCCGGAGUUGGAGAAGACGCAGAUUGUGGUGGAGUUGCUAUUGAAUGAGAAUAUGAAAGAGUAG